UUUCCGGGAGUGUUUGGUGAUGUGGCUCUAAAAUCCAUCAGAAGAAAUAAAGAAAAUCAAAACCGGACGGAUUUAUUACAGAAGCACCCGCAUAGUCCAGACUUUAUGUUAAGCCGUCUGGGCAACAUCCUCCAGGAGCUUUCUGGAGAGGAGGGUGCAGAUGGAAACCAACAGAGCAUGCUGGUACCUCAGCUUCCUGCCGGAGCCGGCCAGACUCCGGUGGACGCUGAGGUUCCCGAGGACGCCAUGGAGAGGCUGGCCCACCUGGAACAGCUAGUUUUCCAACUGAAGGAGCUCAUUCGAGACAAAGACACACAGCUGCUGCAGAGGGAGACAGAGCUGACCAGUAAAGAUGCUCAGUUCAAGAAUGAGAAAGAAGAAGCUGAAGCACGCUUCACUAAACUCAAACUCCAGGCUAAAGCCAAGAUGGCGUCGCUCAACAAACAGAUAACUGAGCUGAAAGGUCAAGCAGGAUCAGUGCAGAGUCCAGACAGCUCUUUUACUGCUGUUGGUGCUGCAGUUGAGGAGGAGCUUCAGCACCUGAGGACCAAGCUGGGUGAAGAGGAGGCCAACAGCCGGGAGACGAAGGAGCGGCUCUUAGCCACUGAACAGCUGCUUCAGAAGAAGGAGGCUGCGCAUGCUGAGCAGCUGCGGGUGCUGCAGGCUGUCAUCAGCGAGAAGGAUGUCCGUUUUCAGGAGCAGAUUCAGAGACAUGAAGAGGAGCUGCUGAAGGUCACCACACAGUCCCAGGAUGGCACUGAGCUUCAGCAGACUCUGGAGACAGCUCAGCAGCGCUGCACUGAGCUCGAAGAGGCUUUAAACUCUCGCUCCCAAGAGCUGGAAAUGCUGCAGCAAGAAGUGAGCAGUGCUGACCAACAAAAGCAGAUCUUGACUGCUCAGUUUCGGCAGAUGGAGCAGGAGCUAAAUGAGGCUGUCAGGCUAAGGGAGGAGUGGGCUGAGCAAGUUAGCCAGAGGGAUGCAGAGCUCUCUGCUCUCAGAGCCAGCCUGGAGGUGCUGGAAAAGGAGAGGACGGAGGUGGGGAGGCAGGAAACCGAGCUGGCCACCCUGAGAGAGGCAGCGCUCAUCAGUCAACAGGACCUGGACAAGGAGAAGAUGGAAGUCUCCAGGUUGGAGGCAGAGCUGGCUCGGAGGAAAGAGGCCGAGCUCGCAGCCGCCCAAGGGAACAAAGAUGCUUCAGAGAGAGACGGGGAAGAAAUCAGCAGGCUUCAAAGUGAACUCGCGUCACUUAGAGAAGCAGAGUCGGUGGCUGGCCAGGCCAUGCAGGAAACUUUGGAACAAGAGAGGUCAAAGGUCGAUAACCUGCAGAAAGAGCUGGCAACCCUCAGGGAAGAGCAAGAAGAUGUGCAGAAGAAGGAGAUUCUGGCUGAAAUCUGGAGACAUCUUCGUUCUCUUGCUCCUGAAAUGAUGCCAGAGGAAGUCCCCGUUGACCCCUCUCUGCUCCUGGACUCUUUGCGGUCCGUGGAGACACAACUGACGAGACUGAAAGAUGAAGGCAGAGAAAGGAGCGAACAGUGUGCCCAGCUCACCAACACCAUGGAGGACCUGCAGGAACAACUUCACAUAAAAACAGCAGAACACGAGGAAGCCGGUGUCAGGAUACAACAGCUGGAGCAGCAGAUAGAGAUGAAAGACACAAAUGUGCCUGAAGUUUCGCUGGAUUCAUCUGAAGCUGAAAAAGCACGUAUAUUGACGCUGGAGCAGCAGCUUCUAGAAAAAGAAAAUGAACUGGUUGCCUUACGAGAAUCCAUCAUAGUUGCUACAAAACUAAGCUCAGGAGAAGCAUCAUCAGUGGAAAUAAAUCAAAGCCCAGAUCGGGAUGAGGAUGCCAUCCCAGCUCCUGCUGAAUCCUUGGAAGAUACACAAGAUGAAGAGACCACCUUAGUUGCAGAGGACACCUCGGUCAUCUCCAUUCCUGCUGAUAACGAGAGCAGCCCAGAGCUCAUCGGUCCCCAGUCUGAGUCUCCUGAAGAAUCAAAAGGGACCUCCUCAGAUGAGAUGAUGACCAGCACUGAUUCAGAGGUGGCCCACAGCAGCUGGACCCUCCUGGAAGCCAUGAAUCAAGACGGAGCUCAGGAGUGGCCCUCUGUCCUGCAGGACGUUGGUCAGUCCUGGGUGGCAACAAGCAUAGAUCAGGAAGCCUCCACAUUCCAAGCAGAGUCGUCAUCCUUGGUCAUCAGAGAGACGGUCCAGGUUCACCUGACACAGCAGAGUUCCUCCUCCACCGGUGCAGAAAUGUCUCUCUUUGCCCAGGCUUUAGCUGAAGAGCUGCAGAGAAGGUACAGUGAACUUCUGGCUGAGCUGCAGAGGCUUAAAGAGGCAACUGCAGCGUCACAGGAGAGAAUCAAGAGUCUCGAAGAGGAAGCACAGUCCCUCAUUGUCGCCAAAGAAGAAGCUGAGGCCGAAGCACUCAAGUUGUCCAAGGAACUUGAGUCGGCCCUGGAAAACGUCAACAUGGUGGAGAAACAGAAAGUUGAAAUGCAACUUCUAGAAGAAGAGUUGGAGAUUUUAAACAAUGAAAAUAAAACGAAGGAGCAGAAGAUUGAGGCUUUGCAGGCAGACCUCGAAACAACGCAGCAAAUUCUGUCUAAGCAGGAAGGUGAGGCUAGUAUGCUAAGUGGUCAGCUGAAGGACAGAGAGCUCCUCUCCUCUGAGCUACAGAGGAGGCUUCAUGAAAUGGAGAACAGCUUGUUGGAAUACUCUCAGACAUCAGAUCUCCACAAUGAGUCUUUAUCAAAGAAGGACUCUGAGAUUCAAGAGCUGCAGCUUCUUCUCACCCAGAAAGAAAAAGAGGUGAUUGAGCUUAAUGACAGCAUGUCCACCAAACUCCUUCAAGCAGAAGAAGAGAAGUUUAAGAUGAAAGGGGAAGUAAGUAAAAUGACGGAGCAGAUAGUAGAGCUGGAGAAGGUCAGAGAUGAUCGACAGCAAGCGCCUGGUGAAGACAAAGAACUGGCUAGCUUAAGGAAGGAGAAGGGAGAGGUGGAAAGUCAGCUGGCAAACACAAAGAAGAAGCUGCAGGCAGCACUGGUGCAACGCAAGGAGCUCAUGAAGAAAGUCAGCGAGUUUGAGAAGAAAGCAAAAACGUUGAAUGAAAAAACAGAAGAAACGGAGACAGAAGAAGCUUCUGAAAAUCUCUCUCAAAUACCUGAGAUUCAGAACUUGAAGGCCAAGAUCAUGAAGCUAGAAGAAGCUUUAAGAUCCAAAGAAGAGGAAGUGGAGACCCUUGAGCAGAGACUUGUCCAUCAAGAUCAAGUCCUCGCUGAGACACUUGCUCUGAAUCGAAAGCUAAGUGAAGAAGCUGAAACCAUUGAGCCUGAAGCCUCAUCUGAAAUGACUGUCUUAAAGUCUCAAGUUGCCUCUCUAGAAGCAGAGUGUGAAACGCUCCAGAAGAAGGUUCAGGAAGCCCAAGAGUCCCGCAAAGAAACCAUCCGCAAAGCCAAAGAGAAAGACCGGCACCAUCGGGAACAGAUGAAGCAGCAAAAAGAGGACUACAAUGAGCUGAUGGAGCGCUUUGAGGUGCAGAGCGGCGAACGGGAAGGUCUUCUGGACAAGCUGAGAGAACUGGAAGAAAAAGUGAGCUCCGAUCGAGGAGAUCUACAUCCAGAAACGCCUCAGAAGCCUGCUGCAAAUGAUUGGGUUCAAGAGGAUUGGGUGGACUUUGUUGCAUCUGAAACGCAUUCAUCAAAACCACAAGCAAGCGAUCCAGGUCCGCACCCUUCAGAGCCAUCUCCUGUCGUAUCUGCACAACUGGAGGAAUCUCUUAAAGCUCUUAAAGACGAGAUCCAAAACGUUCGGCAUGUGAACUCUGAGCUAGAGAAGCAGCUCCAGGAAACUCAUAACAGCCUGUCGCUCAAGGAGUCUGAGAUAAUUGAACUGGGUAAAGAGCUGAACGCACUGAGAGAGAAGGAAAACCAUAUCUAUGCUCUCUCUGAGGAGAUAAGGGAACUUCAAGAAAAGUAUCGCCAAGCUGAGGCUUAUGCAGAAACCCUGAAGGCAGAGCUGGAAGCUGCAUCCAGAGCUUCUGCAGAAUCCUCCAUUAAAACACUUCAAGCUGAAGUGGAGGACUUCAAGCAGUUCCUGGACAACAAGAACCAGGAGAUAACGGGGCUCAGUCAACAGCUGAGUGAGCAGAAGUCCCUCAUACACUCAAUGCAGGACUCUGUGUCUGAGAAAGAUCAGCUGAUAAGUUCUUUACAGGAGGAACUGAAGGUAGAGCAAGAAAAAACACACAAGCUGGCUGAGCUUCCAAAAAAACAAGAAGAUGACGGUGAGGUAAAGCUCCAGCAGCUUCAGCGAAAGCUUCAGGCUGCUCUGGUGUCUCGCAAAGAGGCCCUCAAAGAAAACAAGACCCUAAAGGAGCAGCUCACUUCAACUGAGAAGAUCAUAGCUGAGCUGCAGCAGAAGAUCGAUUCAAGAGAAGAAGAGCUGGAGAAUCUAAGAAGCGAAAGAGCAAGAUUGAUCGAGGAGGUUGAUCGGACGUUACUGGAGAACCAAAGUCUGGGGUCCUCAUGUGAGAGCCUGAAGCUUGCAAUGGAGGGAAUAAUCAACGAGAAAGACGCCUGUAAGAAGGAAGUGGAGCUGGCGAAUGAAGAGGCGGCUAGAAUGUGUAGGGAGUGGGAGGAGAAGGUCCAAGGGAUGAAGGAUGAAUAUGAGACUCUGCUGAAGUCUUACGAGAACGUGAGCGACGAGGCAGAACGUGUGAGGAGGGUCCUGGAAGCCGCCAGGCAGGAGAGACAGGAGCUGGCGGCUAGGGUGAGAGCUCACGAGGCUGCAAGGCAGGAAGCUGAAAGACGAGUGGAGGAAGCGCAGAAAGAGGUGGACUCUGUGAAGGACAAGAUGAGAAAGUUCGCAAAGACAAAGCAGCAAAAGAUAUUGGAGUUGGAGGAGGAGAAUGAGAGACUCAGAGAGAUGCAGGAAAAUUUGGCUUCCAAACAAGAUGACCAGGUCAUCAAAGCUGAAACUGAGCACCUUCAGGACGAGAUGGGAGCUCUGCAAGCUGAACUGGAAGCUGCAGCAGCAGAAAGAGACGCUUUAAGGCAGCAGAUUGAAGAGCUGAAGGGACAACUUGCUGACAUGGAGGAGAAACACAAUAAUAUGUUGGCAAAUCAACUCAGCUCUGCACCCGUUGUAGAGGAGGUUGUCACAGCUCUGCAGUCAGACGCCAUCAUGACUGCAGCAGAGUCUCAAGAUGACCUUGUUGAUGCAGAAGAAAAGGAGUCGGUACAAAUGGCAGAGAAGGCUCAAACCUUAUUGGAAGAAAAGAUAAGGGAGAUGGAGGCUCUGAAUGCAGAGAGGGAAUUUUGGCAAAAACGGGAAGCGGAGCUCCAAUCUGGACUGGCCUCUCUUGAACAAGAGCUGCAGGAGAGUAAAAGCAAUCAGAACCUUCUUGCUUCCCUAGAAAAGAACCUUCUGGAGAGCAACAAACGUGAAAAACACCUGAUCGAAGAAGCUUCAAAGAGGGAAGCCCAGUUCAAAGAACUCCUUGGAAGUCUUGAAACCGAAAAAGACAACCUGGAGGAGCGGCUGAUGAACCAGCUGGCCCAGCUCAAUGGGAGCUUCGCCACCUACCAGCAGGAGGCAGCGGACCACCGGGAGCGCCUCUCCGAGAUGCAGCGGGAGGCGGAGAGGCUGGAGAUGGAGAGAGCCGAGCUGGAGGUCGUGGCUCACAGCGAGAGAGACCGAGCCACCAGGCUGGAGGAGGAUAUGAGGCAGGCCCGGCGAGAGAGAGCCGAAGCCGAGGCAGAGUCCGGUAAGCAGAGGGAGCUUGAGCAGCAGCUGAGGUCCGCCCAGAGGGUCAAAGAGGGCAGCCAGAGCCGAGCGAGGCAGCUGGAGGAGCUGCUGAGGGAGAAGCAGCUGGAGGUGCGGCAGCUUCAGAGGGACUCCAUCCAAUACCAGGAGAGGAUCAGCGAACUUGGACGAGAAGCUAAAGCCCUGCAGCUGGGCCAGAAGGAGCUCCAACGCAGGCUAGAGCAAUCACAGCUGCAGAGCUCCAAAACCUUAGAGGAUCUGAGAAGGACUGAAGCACAGAUGGAGAGCUGUAAAUCCCAACUAGCUGAGGCACAGAAAGAGGCGAGCGAGGCAGUCUCUGCAAGAACAGCCAUCGAACGAAGCAUCCAGCAAAGAGAGGCUGCGCUGAAGGCUGAGGCAGAGCAAACUCUGGACUCUGUGAGAUUCAGGCUGGGAGCUGAGCUAAAGGAGAUGGAGCUCAGACUGGAAGAGGUCUACACGGAGCGGGAGAAGGAGGAGGAAGCUACUCUCCAAGCCAGAGAGAUGGCAGAGGCUGCAGAGAGGCGAGCCCAGGAGACCCAAGCUCGUCUGGAUGAGUCUCUGGCCAGGUUAGCUGCCUUCUCUCGCAGCAUGUCCUCCCUGCAAGAUGACAGAGACAGAGUUCUGGAUGAAGCCCGGCAGUGGGAGACUCGCUUUAACAAGGCUCUGCAGGGGAAGGAGGCUGAGGUCCGCGAGGCCGAAACACGGGCCAAGGAGCUCGCAGACCAGCUUCAGAAAGAGACGGCACUGAAAGAGGAGCUCGAACAGUCAGUAAACAGAUUACAGAAAAAAGAAAAAGAUUGGCAGCUGAGAUUGGAAGAAGAAGAAAAGAAAGUCGCAGAGCACCAUGCUCUCCUCGAGCAGGAAAGAGCAAAGCUCGAGGCAACCACAGCCGAGUUGAAAUCCGCUCAGAACGAAGCCCGCACCCUUAAAAACGAGCUGGAGAGUCUGGGUCAGAGAGUCCGGGCUCUGGAGGAGGCUGUCGGGAAACUGUCGGCCGAAGUCGAUCAGACCAGAACCGAACUGAGGGAGAGAGAGGCGGAGGAGAGGCGUCUGUGUCUGAAUGUGGAGCAGCUGGAGACGGACCUGCGUUUUUCCAAGGUCCUGACGGAGAGCUUACAGACGGAGUUGCAUGAGAAGGAAAGGAGGGAAGUGGAGCUGCUGGGGGAAAAGGAGCAAGCUGUGGCACAGGCUGCAGAGGAGGCCCGAAAAGAGGCUGACAGCAGAGCACAAGAUGCCGAAAAGGAGCUGGAGCAGAGAAGAGGAGAGGUGAGGGAUCUGGAAGAAAAACGUCGGAAGGCAGAGGAGGAGAGCAGCAACUGGAAAGCCAGACUGGACUCUUUUACGAAGGCGAUGGGCUCUUUGCAGGACGACAGGGACAGAGUGCUGAACAUGUACAAGCAGCUGGAGGAGAAACACCUGCAGGUGAUGUUGGAGAAGGAUGGUUUGAUCCAAGAGGCUGCAGGGGAGAACAACAGCCUCAAAGAGGAGCUUCGCUCUCUGCUGGUCCAGAGGGAUGACAUGUAUGCAGAACAGGCAAAGCUGUCUGCUCAGCUUCAUGGGUACCGAGAUGAACUCAACCAAGUUUUAAGCAUGAAGGACUCCCAACACAAACAGCUUCUGGCAGCUCAGAGAGAGCGGAUAACGUCCUUGGAGAGGGAACGCGAGGAGCUGGAAACUCAGCUAAAGAGCCUGAGCAGAGCCAGAGAGGAAGAGAUACGAAAGGUGGAUACUGAGACUGUUAGUCAAGCCUCCAAUGUUAAACCAGCCUCACAGGUGAUGGAUGCACCUGGCGCUGAAGUCGAGAAACUGAGGGAGCAGCUGCAGGCAGAAAGAGCCCAGGUGGAGGCUUUGGAGGAGCGUCUCCUCACGGAGAGGCAAGAGCAUCAGAGCGAGAGCAGAGAGCUAGCGGAGCUACGUUGGGAGGGAGGCGUGAUGCGCACAGAGUCUGAGAGCGCUCAGGAAAGGGUGGCAGAGCUGGCCCGAGAUCUGCUGAUCGUCGAGCAGAGGCUGCUGGAGGAAACGGACACCACAAAGCAGCUGAGAGCGGAGAACCAGGCCUUCGCCAAAGCCAUGGCCUCCCUGCAGGAGACUAGAGAUGAGGCGGUGAACAAGGUCAGGGAGCUGAGCGUCAAACUGGAGGAGAUGAGCAAGGCAAGAGGUCAGGCAGCACAGAGCAGCCCUGGAGGUGCAAUGGGGGAGGUGUGGAGCCUGAAGAACGCCCUGCAAGCCCUGCAGAACGACAGAGAGAGACUGCUGGAGCAGCUUAACUCGCAGACGGCUGAGCUAAAGAAGCUGAAGUUGGAGCUGGCUCGACUGGGAGCAGGAGAGCUUAUUAAAGUCAGCCAGGAGCUGUUUGAGGAGAAGAAGAAGAGUGAAGACAUGCUGGGGACCAUAACACAGCUGGAGAACGUGGUGGAGAUAAGAAAGCAAGAAACAGAAUCCCUCAGGCUGGAGAAGAUGGACUGGAUGGCUCAGGCAGAGCAGCUGAAGCAGCAGACGCUCGCCACGCUCUCAGAGAAAGACCAUCAGCUGCGCCAGCUCACCGCCAUGCUGGAAGAAGCUCGGGCUCAAAGGCCCAAACUCAAACAAGAACAGCUACAGAGACAAGGCACUGAGGAAGGAGACAGUCCUCCUGGAGCCCCACAGGAGCGAAGCACCCUGUCUGAAAGCCAUUCCUCUAAAGCGGAGGUCACAGAGUUACAGCGGAGACUAGAAGAAGAGACUCAGCAGAGGCUGGCAGUUGAGGAGCAGCUAAUGGCGACACAGGAUCGCCUCAAACGUCACAGCCAGGCUUCAUGGCGCUCUGCAAACGACGAGGAUAGCUCUGAGACGGCUGUGUUUAUCGAACCGCCGGAGGGAGCCGUCACCCGGACCCGCAGAAGUGGUCCGAGCUUGUUGCGGAUGCUCCGAGUGGCCUUCUGCUCCCGCCAGCGCACCCCUUUGCUGCUCGGCCUCUACCUGCUCACUGUGCAUGUCCUGCUGCUCCUGUGCCUGGGCGGAUACCUCUGAAGAAACCUUCCAAAUACGAAGGGAGUCGGUCAAAGAAAAUAGAAAUGUGUCGGUAUGACUCAUAAUGUGACAUGUAAUACUUUUAAAAAAGUGUCCAAAGGAUGCUCUGUACAAACAGUGCACUUUACAGUACUUAAUAAUUUAGCCAAAGUAUAUAUCUUUACUUCGGGAGGUGUUUAUUUAACUAUAUAUUCAUGGUUGACCUUAUGUUGGGAGAUAUGGCUUCAAAACCCAAGCAGGACACAUGCAAAGGGACAAUUAUUUAAUAUUCCUACUAAAAUAAACAAAUAAAGCACCGAUCCGGGUACAUUAUGACCCUCACCUAUGGUUAUGGAGAUAAUAAAUGAGCUUCCUUUGUAGGGUUGAGCCACCGCUCUUUCACAUCUAAAGGGGCUGGCUAAGGUAGUUCUGGCAUCUAAUCAGGAUUUCUGCCAAUGCCUGAAUUUGGAAGGAAUCCCUUCUGGCCCAGGAACGCCUUGGUAUGCCCCAAUAUAAGCUCUGAUAAGGGCAUUUUGGGUUUCCCUUCCGGACCUGUCGGCUUGCCAUACUGAUCACAGUUGAGCGAAAGAUGAUGGAUGAAGGAAAAAGUCAGAAUCAAGUUUUUACAUGAUGUGCCUUUUAGAUUUGAGAUUCAAGUCCCUCAAAAUACAAACAAAAGUUAUGGGAACCACAAAAUUUAGUGUAUUUAAUGGGAUGGACCAACACAAAGCAGAACAUAAUUGUGAAGUGGAAGGAAAAUGAUACAUGUGUUUUUAAAAAACUAAACGUGUGGCACACGUUUGUAUUCACAGCCACAGUGUGUUACAGGGACAGUUGCAGGUAUUUUGGGGGUGUCUCUACCAGGUUUACAUAUCUAGAGAUUAAAAAUUUACCCAUUUGUCUUUGCAAAAUUACUCAAACUCAGAUUCCAUGGGAAGUGUCUACAGAUUCUCACUUAAAUCUAGGUCUGGACUGUGACUAGGCCAUUCUAACAUGAAAAUGCCUUGAUCUGAACCACUCCAUUGUAGGUCUGGCUGUAUGUUUAAGGCUGUUGUCUUGCUGGAAGGUGAAUCUCAGUCCCAGUCUCAAGUCUUUUGCAGCCCUAAAUUGUUUUCUUCCAUCGUUGUCCUUGAGCUCCAUCCAUCUUUCUGUCAACCUGCUUCCUUGUACCUUCUGGGAAUAAUAAACAUACCCACAGCAUUACGCUGCCACCACGUUUCACCUAGGGAUGUGGUGUGUUCAGAAUGAUGUGCACUGUUAAUUUUCUGCCACACGUUUUCUUUACAUACAUGUAGUCCAAAAAAAAUUAUCUAUUCGUCCAAUUUCUUCCACAAUGGCUUUCUUCUUGCCUCUCCUACAUAAAAGACUGAUUUAUAGAGUGCACCGCUAACAGUUUCCCUUUCAGCAGCAUUUCCCACCUGAGCUAUGGAUCUCUGCAACUCCUCCAUAGUUACCAUCAGGCUGCUUCUCUAAAUUCUCACUUCAUCAGGUUAGGUGGACGGACCUGUGAGGCCUUCACUGAACAGCGGAAAUUAUAUAGAGAUUACAUUACAGACAGGUGGAAUCUAUUAACUGAUUGGGUGACUUCUGAGGGGAAUUGGUUGCACUGGGUUUUCUUUAGGGGUGUCUGAGCAAAAGGGGCUGAAUUCUAAUUAAAGUUUAGAUUAUUAUUUGUGAAAACAAGUUGAAAAUCAUGUGUCACGUUUCUUCCACUUCGCAGCUGAAACAAUGUUGCGGCUGUAAUGUGAUAAAAUGCAAAAUAACUUAAGGGGUUUGAAUACUUUUGCAAAGGACCGUAAAUCGGCGUUAAAAACCUGCGAAAGAGUCAAAUUUGCUUUGAAAGGUUCUACGCGCUAAUAUAGCUAGCUAUGCUAAGCUAGCUACACUAAACAAAUUAUGCUAAGCUAGCUAUGCUAAGCUAGCUGCGAGAUUAACAGUUGUUUUGAGGAAGCGGGAAACAGUUAUUUUUAAAUAAAUGACUUUAAGUUGAGGUCAUGAUGCGAAAUUUAUCUCCUCAUAACCUUGUUUUAUGCAUAAAAACGGAGCACGUUGCAAUUUCUGAUUUUACACCUUCCUGUAUCGUUUCUGUUUACAUUCCUGAUGCAGUUUUUGUUUUCCUCGGACAGAUUUAUGUUUCACUGCUGGCCUUAGAGACGAUUUUCCCUUUUUGUCCAUUAGGAUGUUGCUGCAUUCCAACAGAUGAAGGAUGAUACUUUUUUUGAACGAUAUCCCCUACCAUUAACUUAGUUUUAAUGUAAUUCCUUGUUAUGAAAUAUCUGUUAAAUCACCCUCCAUAUACACCAUGCUUGUCGCGUAACACUGGGCUGCUAAACUACUCUGCUGUCACCUUCUUUAAAAAUCCACACUCUUCUGUGUUAUUUCCUCUUGUAAAUACCUGUUCAAAGGGCUGUAUAUGGAAAAUAUAAAGUAAUUAUAAUUGUGGUGGUUUGGAUCAGGGAACAAAUUGGUCCAACGUUAAUUUCCUGUCGGUUUUUGUUUACCUCCUCAUUGGGAUCAUGGUGACUCAGAAAAUCUGAACCUUUUUAAAAUGACUAUUAACAUAAGAAUGAAGUUGGGGUUCAGUCCAACAGAACAUUUUUACAGUAAGUACUUGUGUGUGAAACACUACAGUUCCUUUUGUUCAUGGCUGGGGGGCAGAUUGUUACUGCGGACACAAGUUUGUGUACAAAGUUUUUAAUAAAGGAUGUUUUUAAGUGGAA